AUGGUCAACACACUUCCCUUUGGCGAUGUCCAGGUCUCGUGGCCAGGUUUCGGCGCCAUGGGCCUCAGUUUCGGAUUGGGCAGCAAUCUGACCCUCGAAGAAGCUGAGCCGGUGCUGUUGAAGGCACUUGAGCUAGGAUGUACUUUUUGGGACACUGCUGUUGUCUAUCAAGCCGGUGUGAAUGAGAAGCUUCUGGGCGACUUCAUCAGAAAGCACAAUGUUCGUGACAAGAUCUUCAUCGCAUCGAAAUGCGGAUUCGAUGUUUUCGGAGGAGGUGGUUCAGUGACCAAUUCUGCAUCACACAUCAAGGAGUAUAUCGAAGGCACCAUUGAGAGACUCGGCUUCGCCCCUGAUCUCUACUAUCUGCACCGGAUAGACCCCAACACACCCCUCACAGAAUCAAUCCCCGCACUUGAUGAACUUCGCAAAGCGGGCAAAACAAAGUACAUUGGUCUUUCAGAAUGCUCCGCCGCCACGCUCCGCAAGGCCAAUUCAAUCGCCAAAAUUGAUGCCGUGCAAGCCGAGUACUCUGCUUUUGAGACGCUGCACGAGACAGACGGCUUGAUCGAUACUGCCAAAGAGCUGGGCGUGGCAUACGUCGCCUACAGCCCACUGGGACACGGCUGGCUCGUCGACGACUUCAACUACAAGUCCCCCGACGACUUUGCCGCUGACGACUUCCGCCGCAGGAUCCCCAAAUUCCAAGGCGAGAACUUUUACAAAAACCGGGCCAUCGUGGAAGAGAUCAAGAAGCUUGCUGCUCGGAAGGGCUGCAAGAUUAGCCAAAUCGCACUCGCCUGGGUUGCUUCGCAAGGGCUGAUUCCGAUUGCGGGCACCACCAAGGCCGGUCGCUUGGAGGAGAACUGGGCGUCGCGGAAUGUCAAGCUGACGGAGGAGGACAAGAAAGAAAUUCGAAGGAUUAUCGAUGCUGCCAAGCCUAGUGGAAACCGAUAUGAACCCAAGCAGCAGGCUGCUGUUGGCCAUUAG